UUUGGCCAGAAAAUUUUUCUAGCCAACUUUAUCCCGGUACCCCGAUACGUUCAUGAGUGUGGCGAUGCAGGUCGAGCUGACCCCUGCACUACUUCACGUUUACUAUGCAGUCAUCAUCUUUGUGCUCUCAGAAUUAUCCGAGAGAUAUGUCAGAUGGCCUCUUCCUGGGGAGAGAAUCGCCAUCAGUGAUGGGUGUGAGAGGCGUAGUGGAUUCCCUGGAGUGGUUGGGGCAGUGGAUGCUUCAUACAUACCACUGUGUACUGCUCCAGUUAUUGAACCCCAAAGAUAUAUAAAUAGGCACCAUGACUACGCCGUCUCUCUGCAGGGUGUUGUUGACCCUACUCUAGUCUUCAGGGAUAUUUAUGUAGGAGAGCCUAGAAGCCUGCACGACUCCAGGGUCUUCAGAAGGUGUCCCUUGAGUAGAAAAUUCCUUGAAGAUGACACUCUUCCGGAUCAGGAUCAGCACAUACUUGGGGACUCAGGUUAUAUUCUUACGGACAAGGUCCUCACUCCAUACCGAAACAAUGGUAAUCUCACAGUACGCCAAGAUUACAACGCCAUGAUGUCAAGCUCAAGAAGUAUGGUGGAACGGGCGUUUGGUUUUCUUAAGAUGAAAUGGCGAAGGCUCUUUUUUCUUUCAGCCAGAAAACCUGUACUUGUAGUUAGGACAAUUGUUGCAUCAGUGGUACUUCACAACUUUUUGAUUCUCCAAGGUGAAGCCCCAGAUGUGGGAGAACCAGAAGAAACACGUGGGAAAGUGCCUUUUGAUCAAUAUCCAGAUUUUGACCAUACCAAUGUUCAGAUUGAGCCUGAUCAUCCUUUACUAGGAGGUGUCACGAUUAAUGGUAUCCUCCAGGACACGGGUGAAGAGGAAAAGUUGGCACUGAAUCUGGACGAGGAGGAUAUACCACUUAUUCUUGAAGUAAUUCAAAUAUUGGAGCCAUUUCAAAAGGCCAUAAAGGAAUUGGAGACGGCAAACACUAUCACCAUCCAGCACGUAAUUCCACGAUUCAGGAAACUGAAGAAAUUAUUACGCCCUCAAGGUGAUGACACUGCUGUUAUGGCUAUGUUGAGGGCGUCGUUGUUUGCUGAGCUGGAGAAGAAGGUGUCAAAGAAUCUGCACAUGAGGCACAAGCUUGGCAUUUUUUUCUGGCCAAGAUUUGCAAGCCUUUCUGGAUAUACAGAGACCAAGCGCACUGAGAUUUUGGACCAUGUUCGCACCAGAGUUCGGAAAGUUACUUGA